AAAGAAGAAAUAGAAAUGGUUUUCGUGAUGGUGAGCUCCUGCUAUUUGCAAACUCCCAUUUCCAACUCUCAAUUACCGUCUUCUUCUUCUCAAUCCGUUAUCUUUAACUUCAGAAAUGCAGAAACCAAGAGAAGAAAGAGAAGCAUCAGGCCUCCAAUGGCUUCUCUUACCCAUGAAAACAGCAAGAGGAGGACGGUUCUUUUUGUGGGUAUUUCCAUUCUUCCUUUCUUGCAACUCAGAGCCAAAGCUCUUGAGGGCUCCACCUUAAAAGAAACUGAGUUAAACAAACUAGAGGAAAACCAGAUAGCAGAAAGCGGGCUAAACAAACCAGAGGAAAACCAAAAGAUAGAGGAAGCACGGGGAGAUUCACCAUCUAAUCCCUUUCUAUCUCUCCUGAAUGGUCUUGGAGUUUUUGGUGCUGGUGUGCUUGGUGCACUCUAUGCUUUCGUUCGGAAGGAGAUGAAAGCAACUGAUGAGACCCUAGAAUUGAUGAAGAUCAAAUUGCAAGGAAAGGAAGCUGAAUUUUUUAAGAUGGAGAAAGAUUUUGAAUCAAAGCUGCUAAAUGAACGGGAAGAACGAACCAAGCAACUCAAAGAGGGAAAGGAAGAACAGCUGUCUUUAAUGGACCAACUAAAUUCAGCUAACACCACAAUCAAAGGCCUAGGGCAGGAAGUGAAAAAUGAGAAGAAGUUAAUUGAGAAGCUUAAAGUUCAAAUAGACAGUCUUCAAAGCAACCUCUCAAAGGAUGGGGAAGAGAAAAUAUCUCUUGAACAAAAACUGAAGGAAAAGCUUGAAUCAGUUGAUGUCCUACAAGAAAAAAUUAACUUGUUCAGUUCUGAACUAAGCGAUAAGGAAGGUGACAUUCAAAAGCUCAGCUCUUCCCUUGUUGAAAAAGAAUCAGAUUUCAAGAACUUGAACACUACCUACAAGCAAACUAAGGAAGAACUUGGGAAAGCACAUUUGGAGAUUGAAGGAUUGAAAGAAGAAUUACUGAGAAAUCAAAGUGAACUUGAAUCCAAGAAUUCUGCAGUGGAUGAAUUAAAUGCUAGGAUAAGUUCUCUAAUGGUUGAAAGAGAUAAUUCUAAGGAGGAAUUUGGUGCUCUUCAGAAGGAUUACAAUGAUCUGAAAUUGUCUUCUGAAAAUAACUCAGCGGCAGAUGCUAAGCUUUUGGGGGAAAGAGAAAAGGAAAUUCACCUUCUAAAAGAAAAACUUGAGCUCGCUCUAAAUGAUGUAAGUGAAAAUAAAGCAAUUAUUGUUGAUUUGCACAAGGAAAGGGAACACCUGAAGAGAGCACUGGAGGUGGAAGUGCAGAAUGUAAAGAACCUAAAAGAAGAACUUCAACUUGCUGAGAAAACUCUUUUGAAGCCCAGAAGUGGGGUUUCUGAUCUGUCCAAUCAACUAAAGCAAUCAAUAAAUCAUUGUAAAGAGCUUGAGUCUGAGGUUUCUAGGGUUAGGGCUGAGUUUGAUGAAGCAAACCGAAAACUGCAUGAUAGCCUUGAUGAGGCAAAACAAAGCGGUGAAGUUCUAGCCAGUGAGCUCACAACUGCAAAGGAGCUUCUGAAGAAAACAAGGGAGGAGCUGCAGAUUUCUUCUCAUGAGCUGACUUCUAUGACAGAAAAUCGUGAUAGCCUUCAGAUGGAAUUGCUAGAUGUCUAUAAAAAGACAGAAAGCACAGCCAAUGAUUUGAAAGAAGAGAAAAACAUUGUUUCUUCUUUAAACAAAGAGCUACAGGUUUUGGAGAAGCGUAUUGCUAAGGACAAGGAAGCAAGAAAAUCACUUGAAACAGCCCUGGAAGAGGCUACUAAGUCACUUGAUGAGACGAACCGCAAUAUAUUGAAACUUUCUAGAGAUCUUGAAAGGGCUAAUGCUAAAAUAUAUAGUCUUGAGGAUGAGAAAAUGCUGCUCUAUAAAACACUUACAGAGCAGAAGAAUGCAUCUAAAGAAGCCCAAGAAAACAUGGAAGAUGCUCAUAGCCUUGUCAUGGCACUUGGCAAGGAAAGGGAGAGUUUAGAAAAGCGAGUGAAGAAACUUGAGGAAGAAUUGGGAUCUGCUAAAGGUGAAAUAUUACGGUUGAGAAGUCAAAUGACUUCAUUCAAAGUUCCUGUAAAUGAUCAGCAUCAACAGAAUGGUGAAACUGAAGCAAAAGUCACUAUCAGUGCAAGGAAAACUAGCAGAAGGAGAAAAGGUAGCUCACAGUGAGGCUGUGAACCAUCCUGAGUUCUAAUACUCUUCUGCUAAAUUUCAUUGUCGCUUUUUGCAAUACCCUUGUAUUACUGUAUAAAUCUGACACCGAGAUAUUCAAAUUAAGGAAUUUACUUGUGCAUGUAAGGAUCCGUGUUUUUCUUCAUAUUGGUGAAAUACUAACACAGGUUCUGAAGUUUUCAACCUUUGCAUGUUCAUUGGGAAUUAAGGUGCAGUCUGUUCUGCAUUUCAUUGCUUGGAUGGAAAACACUCUGUAGUCUGUACCCUCCUUAAGAAUGCAUCUCUCGGGGUAAAAGAUGCUGAAGAGAACAAUUCGACUAACAGCAGAAAAACAACAUAGCUUUUUUCGACUCCGAAUCAAUCUUAGUAAAGAUAUAGUUUCAGUCAUAGGCCCGUUGAGUAAGCCUCGUCAACUCUGCAUCUCUCUGGAAAAGCCAUGAGUUUGCCAUUUUGAAGUUAUAUUUGAAAAGGAUGCAAUCCAUUUGGUGGAAAUUGGAAGCCCAAGAGUUUUACUUUCCAUGACCAUUUGGCUUUCUCUGGAAUUAGUCAGCUAACAAAUCGGUUUCAGCAUUAAGUAAAUCACUGAACAGAAAGGGAUAAUUAAACAUUAUACUUACUUAAUGUUUCGACAACAGUAGGAGUCAAACUCACGACCUUUUGAUCCGAAGUGAAACGCGCUAAUCCUCUCCAAAGAAAGUUCCAGCGGAGAUUGGAGCCCAGCAGAAGUUUAUUAUUCUUUAAUAAGAACAAAGGUUUUGAAAAAACAAAAUUUGCAGAAUUUGUUCAGGUAAAAUAAGGCUCCCAAACCUCUCGCUUUUAUCGAUCUCGAUGGCUAGUUUUCAAUCUUCGCCUAUUUUGAUUUUCUUUUCUUUUUUGAAUCAAAAUCUCAAUUUUUUUCAAGUUAGCUGGAAUUGAGAAAUCUGGAAUUGAGAAAUCUUUCUGUUUUUGUUUGCUUGUUUCUGUUAUUAAUAAGCAGCUGGUUUUCAUUCUCAGAUUCCCUCCAAAAAAGGUCUUCCUGAUUCUGUUUUGUUUAUCUCAGGACUCAAUGAUUUAUCAGAUCCGAGUUCGCCAAGUCUCAAUUUUGGGUACACUAAAAAUUGAACAUCAAAGUCCAUUUUGGCAUUGAAGUUUCAUUCUUAAAAAACUGGGGUUUCCUUUAACUUCGAAAAACUCAAGCUUUGAUCCUUUUAAUUUUCUGAGAAAUUCAAGGGAACUACUUUUGUUAAGGAUCUGACCCUUGGGUAUAACGGAAAUUUAGUAUCCUUUCAAGGAAUAAGUAUGGAAAUUCUUUUGGGGGGUUUUAGCUGAUCUGGGGAUAUUCGGAAUUUGAAGGGGCUAUUUCAGUUAUAGUCAUUCUCUACGGUGCGGUGGUAUGGGACCCUUGCCUUA